AAAGCCGCAUUAUCUCUCGAGUGGUCCAAACACAAUCCUCGCAUACUUCUCCCAGCCGAUAGCCACAGCUAUCAGCUAAGACCGUUUUGGUUUGUCUAAAUAUUUCGUUGCACAUCUUCGGAGAAUUUUCCGAUGGGCAGGAAGGUAGAUGCAGUGAUAAUAGAAUCAAAUUUCGUUUGCUCUAGGUCGUAUGCUAUCUGCACAUAUAAAUGCUUAUGUCAGUAGCAGUAUGGUUCAUAAAUGAUUACAAUUGCUUCGAGACGUUCAGUUGGUCAAGUCGAACAUGGCGAGAAGAUUUGUGGUAAUAAUUUUUGCUUUGGUGAUUUCCGGCAGUCAUUUGAUUCAAUCUGGUAAACUGCCACCUGAUGGUGUUGAUGAAGAAAGAUCAGUGAACGAUGAAGCUACAACUACGGAAACUCUGGACAUACGGCAUUUAGGAAAUGGAGGUGAGAAUAAAGAAGUUCUGCUGAAAUUGAAUCACCUGGAGGGUAAAUUUCUGCAGAUGGAGAAUAUGAUCAGAAAAAUGGCAGAAACCAUACAAUCUAGUGGAGCAAAUUGCGAAAAUUCCAGCAUUGAUAUGCUAUCUUCUAGGGUUAUCUUCCUCGAAAGCAAAGUUUUACAACAGGAGAAGGAAUUCAAGCGGCUAACGGAUACGAGGGCUAUGAGAAGUAUUAACGUUGAUGACGAUAAUCAUGAAUCCCUUCUUUCGAAAAUUGACAUCCUGGAAAAUAAGAUCUCUCAGCAAAGUGAUGACAUGAAACAAACGAUGGAGUCAACUCUUCAAACCAAAUUUAAACAGUUGGAGAGCAAAGUGAAAAAUACCAUUGAAGUGGCUUUGCCUGCUACCGCCACCAACGAAAGUGUUGAGAAUAAUGAACUUCUACUUUCGAAAGUAAACCAUCUUCAGGACAAACUCUCACAGCUGGAGAAUGGCAUCAACAAGACAAUACAUCUCGCCAACAAAUCUCCCGGAGACAGUGUCGGAUUUGAAGUGAUGCGUUUGAAAAUUGACUUCCAAGAGGUUAAACUUUUGCAGUUAACAAACGAGAUCAACAGUAAGACCGAAAAGAUUGUUCGAAGCCUGGCGCAUCUCGAGCAGCUAAACGAAAAAGUUUCUGAAGUUUUAGAUAAAAUGGAGCUAAACGUUGAGUUUAAUUUGGCGAACAUGCUUAACCAAUCAUGGGAACAGUUGCAGCAACAAGAAAUUUAUAACAAUGAAACACUUCAUCAAAUUUUGCGAGAACUGGACGUACUCAGGAAAUCAAACUACGAGAUUAAAAAUAGAAAUGAGCUCGCCGUUCAUAAAUUGGAUUCUCUGGAGACAUUAAACUUAAAGGUCCCAGCAUUGUUUAUCGACCUGAAGCAACACAUCGCUCAGAAUUUGACCCAAAUAAUGAGUCAAUCAACGGAACUCGUGCAACAGGACAAGAGCUGCGUAAACUACAGCAAUUUGAAGCAAGCUCUUUUCGAUUUGGUUGUACUUAAAAACUCAGCCCGCUAUUUCCAAGUGAAAACUUUGCAUCAGUCAUGCAAAGAUCAAAAGCUGAAGAAGACAUCGGGAAGAUACGUGCUGCAUCCGGUCACCGAGGAAGAACCUUUCGAAGGAUACUGUGAGCAAGAUAAAUUCGACGGGGGCUGGUUGGUAAUUCAAUAUCGCUUCAAUGGUUCCGUUGACUUCUACCGCGGUUGGAAGGACUACAGGAACGGUUUUGGUGCAAUUGGCGGAGAAUUUUGGUUGGGCCUGGAAACGGUACAUCGUCUAACGAAGGACAAAAAUUUCACGUUGAUGAUAGAAAUGGAAGACUUCAACGGAGGCUACGCUUACGCCAAGUACGAUAGAUUUGAAAUUGGAAGUGAGGAGGAGUGGUACUCGCUGAAAAGGUUGGGUAGCUACAGUGGAACUGCGGGAGAUGGGAUGUUGUAUAGCGCAGGGAUGAAUUUCACGACUUGGGACUCCGAUCACGAUCAAUCUUCGGAGAAUUGUGCGGUUCAAAGAUACGGCGCUUGGUGGUACAAGAGUUGCACAUUUAGUAACCUCAAUGGAAAGUAUCAGAAUAUGGCACACCAUCAGUCACUUUGUUGGUAUUAUUAUAAAAACUCUGACGACGGGCUCAAAGUUUCCCGAAUGAUGAUUCGAGAGGUGUGAAUCAGAUGAGUGGGCGAGAUGUUUAAUAAAUUGUACAAAAAAUCUAAGAU